GUUGUUAUGAUAGCUGACGAUCCUGUAUCAUGUAGGCUGUUAUAAUGAAAAGAACUUGAUUUUUGUCAAAAAACUUGAUUACAUAAUCUUCAUAACAUGUAGUCGGAAACAACCCAGCACCUUUAGUCAGCAUGUAAGUAUCGAUUCAAAUCGACGAUGUUCGUCCGAAACCAUGCCGAAGCCUAUAUAUCCGUAUGUUUCGCUCGGUUCAAAUGAGAGUUUUAACUGCACCCUUUUCUGUCGCCGCACAUCCCUUCUCUGUUGUAUAAUUUUCUCUCUCGCUCUCGCUCUCUCUCUCUUUCUCUCUCCCUCCCUCUUUCUGAGCCACAGCACGCCUGCCUACAUCCCUCUCCCAAAUCUUCACUAGCACACAAGCAAAGGGGACCGAAGCAGACCCGUAUCCUCCUUUCCCAGCACACCACGUUCCUCAUUCUCAGGUCUUUUUGUCUUUUACAUGGCGCAAGGGUUCUGCAAGCGGGACGGUUCUGGGUGCGAGAAAGCCAACGCGGAUUUGGAUAAGCGAGCUUCAGUGGCGGGUGUAGAAUACGGCAGUUCCGGCGCCUCCGCCUUCUCGGUCUCCUCUAGCCGGCUCUAUGACGAGUAAUGGUCGGCUCGUUCUGCUGGAUGCUCCCUGCUCUAACCGGAUCUUCGACGGCACCAUAUUCAGCAGCAGAUUGCCAUUUUCGGAAGAGACCUUCAAAGAGCUAGGAGAUACAUAUGGAAACUGGGGAUCAGAAUUUUAGGAAAAAGGAUAUACAGUAGUGCUUUAUUUUAUUGUUCCAUUUUGCUCAUUUAUGUUUCGUUCUCGAUGAAUUUUCUCAUUCCAUCGUUGACUUGAUUUGUCAAAUUGAGGCGAGAGCGGCAGCAGCAGAUUUAGAUUCACCUGGACAUUCUUUUCGUUGGUUUUGAACUGGACUAUCCUGGCCAUCCAUCCAUCUAUCCUAUAUUUUUUUCCGCUCCUGCACUUCAAUAGAGCUUUCCCUGUCCUUUCUGUUUUCUCUCUCUCUCUCUCUGCGUCUUUCCCUCUUGAUUAGAAUAGACUAGGAUUUGCUUAGCCAUAUUAAGAGAGGACGGCGUGUUUGUUAAGCAGCUACGUAGGUCAACAGUUGUUGUAACACAUCGAAUUGUUUAGAUAUAUUCCGAUCCGAAGCAAAGCCUUCCAUUACUCCAUCAACGCCAGUCUCAAUUCCAUAUUCUUCCUAAACCAGUAUUUAUCCUCAAUUCCUGACACAUCAAAUGUACGCGCCUAAAUUGUCAUAACUAAAACCGAGAAUUGUUCAACACUGGCUUAAUUGCUGUGGCGUUUGAAUGACAUGCUCAGGCCAUUAUUAAAGGCCUCGGCAAUUAAUUAUUAUCUUUGAUUAGUGGCUUUGCAGCGUGAAUGUUCGUGCAAGUUUAAGCUGUAGCACUAGCUGCUGCAUAUCUUACCUCGUUUAGAAAAAAAGACAAGGACAAACGAUUUAGGACGGCAGAAUUGCUCUUUGUUGGAACAGUGCGGAAAGCGUACCGUUCCACUCCAACAACAAACGAAAAAGCCAGAAAGGCUCACCUAUUUCUUCCUUAAUCGGUUCUCACCCAAACGCAACCAUAAGGUUCCUACCGCAUCCUCCCCCUUCCCCCUCCUUUCGCUCAAAUAUAUCCCAUUUUUUUAAUUUGGUUUGGUCCCGUAAAUUUUCAAAUAUUUAUUUCCUAUACAUCAAAAGGAAAGGGGGUCCCCCUUUCAUGGAAUGCGGAAACAUGGGUGUGUUUGACCGCGGAGUUCAGAUGUUAUUGACCACGGUGGGCGCGUUCGCCGCCUUCAGUCUCAUGACCAUCGCGGUGGGCACGGACUACUGGCUGUACUCGCGCGGCGUGUGUAAGAUCAAGACCAACAACGAGAACGAGACCAGCAAGAAGAACGAAGAGGUGAUGACCCAUUCGGGACUGUGGAGGACAUGUUGCUUGGAAGGAAACUUCAAAGGAUUGUGUAAGCAGAUAGAUCACUUUCCAGAAGACACAGAUUAUGAAGCAGAUGCCUCAGAGUACUUCUUACGAGCCGUACGAGCGUCUAGUAUCUUCCCCAUCCUCAGCGUCAUCCUGCUCUUCAUGGGCGGCCUGUGUAUAGCUGCCAGCGAGUUCUACAAGUCCCGUCACAAUAUCAUCCUCAGUGCAGGAAUCCUCUUUGUGUCUGCAGGCCUCAGUAACAUCAUUGGCAUGAUCGUGUACAUAUCAGCCAAUGCGGGGGAUCCCUCAAAGAGCGACUCCAAGAAGAACAGCUACUCGUACGGCUGGAGUUUCUACUUUGGUGCUUUGUCCUUUAUCAUGGCUGAAAUGGUGGGCGUGCUGGCCGUGCACAUGUUCAUCGACCGGCACCGGGAGCUGCGGGCGGGCGCGCGGGCCGCAGAUUACCUGCAGGGCUCGGCUAUCACGCGCAUCCCCAGCUACCGGUACCGCUACCGGCGCCGCUCCCGCUCCUCAUCCCGCUCCACAGACCCCUCGCACUCCCGCGACGCCUCGCCGGUGGGCUUGAAGGGUUUCGGGGCUCUGCCCUCCACCGAGAUCUCCAUGUACACACUCACCCGUGGGGGCGACACCCUAAAGGGCGGCCACGGCACCCCCACCGCCACCUACAAUUCGGAGAGAGACCACAACUUCCUGCAGGUCCACAACUGCAUCCAGAAGGACCUGAAAGACUCAUCCCACACUAACACAGCCAACCGACGCACCACCCCCGUAUGAGGCACAACCUCCCCCCGUACAGAUAGCAGGGCGAAGGAGACGGGAGCAGGGCAGAGGAGGGGCGGAGGCCCGAAAUAUUACAGAUCAAACUUCAUGUACCAUGCGUUUUCACGAUUCGGAGGAACCGGGAGGAUUUUUACGUUUCGAUCAAAGAUUACACAUGUAUGCAUGAUUUUGCCAUUUGCCAUUGACAAAAUGAGACGGGUUUGAAACAGAGAGAGGCUCUAAGAGAUAUGCAGAAGGGUUCUUUCGGCCCGUGACACGGGAGCUGUAGCUUGUGGCACUGAUUUGACAUGUUUUGUUAAGGAAGCAUUUCACCACCCAUCGGUCUACGUGGAUCAGCAAGCUACUGCUCCCUCAUAAGUCUUCUUCCCCUCUACACUAUAUUCAUCAUAUUUAUUUAUUUGUUCAUUUGUUACUUGCAUAAAAAAAAAAAAAAACUGUGAACCACUGCAGUAAGGUAUUCAGUAAGAAAUAGCCCGGUCUGCAAUCUCUUACAAAAGGUACGAUAUAUAUACAUAUAGUAUAUAUAUAUAUAUAUGUAUAUAUUAAUUUUAUAAAUAAAUUAACAUAAUAAUCAAGACUUUUCUGAGGCAAAAAAAAGUCAAACCGCUGUUUGCUGGGUAAUGAUCUGUUGGAAGAGAGACUCUGUGUUCCUGAGCUGCGACCGUAGCCGGACGACGGACAAAAUCACGGAGGAUCUUCACCGCAAAGCUGCUGUAACACGAGACUGACAAAGACGUUCAACCUUAGACAAAAUUCUAUUCUUUUAAAAGAACCUUCUCAUCUUUUUCUCAGUCCCCGUUUGCUUCCUUUUUUUUCUCUACUCUCGCAUUCGGUCGUCAUGGGAGCGAACGACAGAAAAACAAAAGCGAACCCCUGCGCUGGCACGAGCAACAAAAAGGGGGUCAGAGUUCGCUGAAAGACUCCAGAAACGACUGCCAAGACGAAAAAAAGGAAGGAGGAGGGGGGAGGAAAAGAAGAGGAUGCUGAACUCUAAAUAAAUACUUGCAAGAACGCAAGCGACAAAUAAAGUACGAAAUAUUACGAGAAACGAAGCUAAGUGACUCACGAAUACAAAGAUUAAAUGCAUGCUAUAAAUUUACAGCAAACCUGCUCUUGAAACUUAAGUUUUAAAGGAUAAUGAUAAUUAUAAAGGGAAAAGCAAUGUUAAAAAAGUUAAAUAUUAAUGUUUUGUGUACUCUUUCUGUUUUGGUUUUUAUUAUUAUUAUUAAUUAUUAUUAUUAUUAUGAUUAAUCAUUAUAAUAAUAUACUUUGGUGAUAAACCAAGCAAACAAAUGAUGACAAAACUGCUUUUUUUAAAUUCUGAGUUCUUUGUAUCCACGUGCAUUUCUUUUACUCAUUUCUUUUUUCUCAGAAUCACACGCCUUAGUCAUUUCGUAUUUCUUUGGAUUCAUUUUCAACGUGUCGUUUUAUUUGAAAUUAAAUCUAAAGGUGCCAAAACAGAAUGACUGAUCCUAAACUUGGAUGCAUCAAGUCCUGAUGAAUAAACAGACAAACCCAAGGGGGAACAAA